AUGGCGAGUGCUUCUGGCUCAGAUCUGCGGGAGGGUACAACCUUACCUGCCACCGACAUUCCCGCAUCUGAACAGCCCAUUGCGCAAACACCUGCGGAGCCCUCCCAGAAGAAGCAGGCCGAUCACGGCGAGGACGACGAUGAUGACUCCGAUCUAGACGAUUUGGAUGACGUCCUAGACGAUUUUUCCAAACCUAAGCCUGUACCUGCACCUGCGCCGCCCGCCCCCGCUCCCGCAGCCGAGGCCCCAGCGGGUGAUUUCGACGAAGAUGCAUUCCUCAAGCAAUUGGAACAAGACAUGGCAAACAUGAUGUCGAAUCCGGGCGCGAUGCCUAUGGACCCCAAUCUCGCCUCGGUAGAAGAGGGUGCUGAUCUUUUUGCGAAACAGCUGGGAGACAGCGGGAUUGAACCAGGGGAUUUCUUGAAACAGUUAUUAGCUGAUGUGAUGGCUGAAGAAAAGAACGGUGCCGGUGCGAAGGCAACGCCUAGUGAUACCACACCGGCACAUACAUCUGCUGAUACUGGAGCGUCGGGGUCUGGUGAACAACCGACUGAGUCUUUCAAUGAUGCGAUUCAGCGUACUAUGGAGCGUAUGAAGCACUCUGGUGAUCGUGCUACGGAGGCUGCGACUGAAGAUGAUGGGUUGUCGGAUGAUAUGAUAGCGCAGUUGCUUAAGGCGAUGGAAGCUGGAGCGGCUGGUGCAGGUGAUGACGGGGAUUUGUCGAAGAUGUUUAUGGGUAUGAUGGAGCAGCUAUCUAAUAAGGAGAUGCUCUACGAGCCUAUGAAGGAGCUGGAUGGGAAGUUUGCGCCUUGGAUUGAGAAGAAUAAGGUGGAUGGCAAGGUCCCUGCUGAGGAUAUGGCGCGGUACGAGACGCAGGCCAAGGUUGUGGGGCAGAUUGUGCGGAAAUUCGAGGAGACAGGGUACUCUGACGAUGAUCCGAAGUGUCGGGAGUAUGUGUGGGAGCGGAUGCAAGAGAUGCAAGCUGCUGGCAGUCCGCCAGAGGAGCUGAUUUCGAAUCCUUUGAUGGACAUGGGUGAUCUAGGAGGCGCUGGAGCUGCAGCUGCAGCUGGCGGAGUCCCUGAUUGUCCACAGCAAUGA